CUUUUCAAGAAAAACGAAAUUACAAAGAAUUGGGGUUUCAACGUUGAAGCCUAAAGUCAUGGAGAAUUCUGCUGAGAAGAUUGGCAACAGCCAAGAUAUCUUAACCCAUCUCCUCCUCAGAUUACCCACAAAAUCACUCCUCAAAUUCAAGUGUGUCUCAAAACAGUGGCUCAGUACCAUUUCGAACCCUCAGUUCUGUCUCUCCCACACUCGCCACCGCCAACACAACGGGUUUCUCGAGCCUACUGCACUUCUGCUCAAACCUUACCUCACAGCAAACCUCGAAUUCGAUAUGGUUCCUUUGAAGCAUUACAGUGAAGUCCCCUUCUUUCAUUAUCUUAAUACCUCUGGCAUCAUCUUGAGGGAAUCUUGUGAUGGGUUGUUUCUUUGCCAGCCCCUUGAUUUUCAUGAUCAUGGAGAUACCAGAUUCUUCAUCUGCAACCCAACCACUAAGAAAUUCAAGAUUCUAUCUUUUCCUAGUAAGCCACCGACUUUUGUUAAUUUGGCUUUUGAUCCUCUCAAAUCACUUCAUUACAAGGUUAUUUGUAUUCGGCCAGCAGUGUCGGACGAGGAUUAUGACUUUGAGAUCAAUAUAUAUUCGUCAGAAACUGAAACUUGGACUGCAACGGGAAUUGAUUUUGAAGCGGACGAGGAAAGCAUAAUGUUUGAGGGCAUAAUGUUUGAGGACACCGUUGUUUUCUGUAAUGGAAAGAUUCAUUGGGAUAGUGUCGGAAACGAGUCACUGUAUUUUGACGUAGAGAAGGAAUGCUUGCAAAAAAUGCCGAUGCCAACGCUACCAGACGGAAGCGAUAUAAUUUCUGAUAUGGACAGAUAUUUUGGAGAGGCUAGGGGCACUUUGUAUAUUGCACUGGCCCACUACAACCUCGGUCAUGUAGAUUUAUAUGUUUUUGAGAUGGCAACAGAUUAUUCUAAUUGGUUCCUAAAGCGACGCCUGGAUCUUGAUGAUGCAAUGAGAGUUUUUCCUGAGAUAAAAUUGGGUUGUCUUCUCUCAUUUUCUGGACUUUCGGGUUUGUGUUUCAUUCAAUCAGAGAAAGAAAAAGAGCCAAAGGUGGUGAUGUGGGCAGAUGGUAAAAUAAUUUGCUAUGAUUUCAAUGAUGGGUCAUGGAAAAUGCUGUAUGAUCCAGGGCCUGGUGUCAAAAUCGGCUCCAAUCAAAUAAAAGGUUUGAAUCAUUUACAUAGACAAAGAUUUCUUGCUUUUAAAUACUUUGAGAACCUCUCUUGUAUUUGA